UGAGUAAAAAGAAAAUUAAUGGAGCCGACCACGAAAUCAUGAUCCACAAUUUCCAGCUCACAUAGUCAAUCCCACCACCACCUUCUCCGACCACUCUAAAACAACCGCGACCCCUCACCACCUACGCCACCGCCAAUGGACAACACCGCCGACGACCCCAACAAGCUAGCCUCCACACUCCACGAGCCCACCGCCGCCGCCGCGGCGGCACAACCCCUCCUCAGACCAUACCCAACAGUACUCGACCCACCCUUAGCUUCCCCCUCCGGCGCCGACGAAGACCAAUCACAAUUCCUCCAGAUCUCCUACAAUCACGGCCCUCGCUCAAUCAAAGAUUUACCGUUCCUCCUCCUCUUCUCUCUCCUCGUCCUCUCCACCUUCGGCCUCGGAAUCUUCGCCUCCGUCCACAAAAACCCUCACCGCUCCCAAAUUUCAUCCUUCAUUUACAACACCACCUCUUCCUCCUGCACUUUUCUCACAGAUGUACAAAUUCCGGCCGACAGUUUCUUAAUUAAUUUCAUCGAUCUCGAUUCGCUGCAAUCGAGAAACUCCGGCCUGUUGAAGAGCAUGAUAUGGACACUCGUAAUCACUCUAAUUACGAGCGGGCCCUUCGCCUUAUUCGUGCUUUUGUUGCUCAAACACUACACCAAGCAGAUAGUCUACGCUUCCCUUCCAUUCUUCGUCAUAAUCCCAAUCUCGAUCAACGUCUACUGGUUCGUCGCGUGCACCGUCAGCUCCCGCUGCAGCGCCGCCUUCCCUUUAGCGUACCGAAUCGUCGUCCUCAUUUUCGUGUUCUUGCUAAUCGGAUUAGUUGUGUGGAUUUUUAUAAUGAACUGGCAUAGAAUUGAGUUGACUGUGCGAAUUGUCGGGGUAGCUUCUAAUGCACUGUCGAAAAACUUAGGGUUGUUUGGAGUUCUUCCGGCUCUGAUUGUGGGGUUGUUUGUGUACUAUGUGCCGAUUGUCGUGUUCUUGAUAUUUUCGAAUCGGAACGGAAAGAUUGUGCCGAGAGAAGAGAAUGGGGAGUUUUUUUGUGUUUGGAAACAGGAUAGUUGGGUGCCUGCUUAUUACACUCUAGCGAUUUUGACGAUGCUUUGGUCUGCUGCUGCUAUGGUGGAAGCUCAGGUUUACGUGAUCAGUGGAACUAUUGCGCAGUGGUAUUUCUCGAAGGACGAUGACUCAGCGCCCAAGCAUGGAAUACGAAGUUCGUUGAGAAAUGCAUUUGGCCCCUCCUCUGGCACAAUAUGUUUCUCCGGAUUGCUUAUAUUUAUUGUGCGUGUAAUACGCUCUGUGGUCGAUAAUGCGAGACAAGAAGAUGCUUCCGGAAUUGUGAACCUCGUUCUGCGGUGCUGUGCGAGUGCUCUAUUAACAACAGUUGACUUUCUGAACAAGUUUACGAUAAACUUUGCUGCAAUAACUGGCGAAGCAUACUGCAGUGCUGCAAGGAUGACUUACGAACUUCUCAAACGGAACCUUCUAUCGGCUGUAUUUGUGGAGACUGUUUCCACUCGUAUACUCGCUGGAAUUGUGCUCGUGUUAUCAGCUAUUUAUGCUGUACUGGUAUGCGUUGUUCUAAAAGCGGUGGUUCAUCUCGGCGACGAUGCGUAUUUUGUGGCAGUAAUGGCGUGGGUUUUGCUGAUAGUGAUUUUGGGAUACUUCGUUCACGUAUUGGACAAUGUUAUAGAGACGGUGUACGUGUGUUAUGCGAUAGAUAGAGACAGGGGAGAGGUUUAUAAACAAGAUGUGCAUGAAGUUUAUGUUCACCUUCCAAUCAGUAGAAGUCAUAAUUACAGAGCAGGUUUUGCUGCAAGAACUCCACUUCUUGUUUAAUAAUGUAAUAAAUCUCAGUUUCAUCUGUGUUGUGUAUUAUUAUCUGUAAGUUUUUACUUCUCUCUUCUUGCCAGAACCCAGGUUUGUGCAUAUCUGAGAUUCUUUUUUUCAUUUUUGUACUGAGUUUUGUUGAAUAAAAUAAAUUAUUUUUGCAGCUUUUGAUC